CUGCUGUCACUACAACUGCUAUUACUAUUUCACAACCAUUGAUAUUUCAAGACAUUUAAUUUAAUUCAGGAAAUGUCCAUUUCUAGCCUGCGUUGAUCCGGUAAUGCCGGGGCUUUAGCUCAGCGGGCUAACACAGUGUUCUCUGACUGUCCCUCUAGUUGUACUGCUCCCAGCACAGAGGGAACCUGGUGUCGGUUCACAGCCCGGGUCAACAGGUGUUUGUCCAGGAUCUGGUCAGGAGACACACAGACCAGCCGGUCUGGAUGGGAGGCUACGAUGCAGCUCAGGAGGGGAUGUGGCUGUGGAGUGACGGCUCAGCUGUUGACAGUUUCUACUGGGAGGAGGAUGAGCCCAGUAACUCUGGACAGGGGGAGAACUGUAUGGAGCUACACACUGGAGGUGGGCAGGGCUGGAAUGACGUGUCCUGUGGAGAGCUGAGGUUCUAUGUGUGUUCUAUGGAGACAAGAUCUGGUUUAGCAUCAUUGCCAAGUCAGAAGAAAUCACAUGAGAGAGGUAGGAAUGUCUUGGCCCAUUGCCUCGGCUAGACAAUUUGUUAAUUAUGAUAC